UCUUGGGGAAAAUGGUUGACCGCGGUACUCUGUUACGCCUAAGCACGUGAUUGAUACCACCAGCCACAACUAUUCCAGCCACCUGCGCAGUCCGCAUUGCCCUCACUCACUCUGAUCCAGGCCGCAUUCAAUCAAUCAUACAAGAUAAUUUACAUGAUCGCCAACCAACCACUUUGCACGGAGUACACCAGUCGCACAAGGGCGAACACUUUCGCAAAUGACCUAAUAUAUCAAAGAAAACAUACAAACAUCGCCGAACCAUGUCGUUGACCACCCACGAGCCCCGGUCUGGAGCAGGCACUCCAACGCGCCCCAGUUCGGCUUGGACCAACAACUCGGUUUUUGCAGAUUCGGCCAUUAGCCUCAGAACUGGCACUCCCGCUCCUGCUGAAAAAGAACUGGACCUUUUUCACGCUGAUGAUGGAACGUCAUCUCGAGUUGGAUUCGCGGAUCGCCUCAAUGGCCUGGUUUCGGAGAUUUGGGCCUGCGAACAGGACGGCGCGAUACGCAGGGAGAAGAGUCACAAAUUCGAGCGCGCCAUACAACAAAUCGAGGCCGCCCUUGAUGAUGAUUCAUCCGGCGAUAGCGACCUCUAUAGCGCCCUUCCUUCACCCGCGACCAUGCCGACAGAUCCUGCCACCGUUUCGGAAGACGACUUCGCGGCUAUCCGCGCAAGUCUAGCCUGCACAGUCGAAUCAAUGCGCAUGAGGCAACAAGAACAGAGACAUCUCCAUCAGCUGGCGGUCGAAAAGCUGGAAACGGUUGCGCAGCGCUGCAUCCAGCAGGAGAGGCGAUUGAAGGAAUUCGCGCAAGAAAUGGUGUUACUGAAGCAGGAAAAUCGCUUGCUGAACGAGGAGCUCAACCAAGCUCAUACCGAGUCGGCAAAGAAGCACGUCGCUGUCGACGCCAUGUCAAGUGCUGUCGCAGGCCUGGAGGGGUGGAUUAAUGGUACUCCCACGCCAGAUCGAUCCGACAAACGAGUAGUGAUCAGAGGCAGAGGCAGAUUUCGUGGGCGGUAUUAUGCGGAUGAGCCAAUGCAAGCACCAGUCGGGCAGGGUUCUGAUGGUACAUCUGAUGCGAAGGCUUUCCACGAGGGCGUUACCGCUUGGCUUCGCGGCUUCCGAGACGUAGAGGAGGAGUUGAGAAUGUCGCAGAAGACGAAGGCUCCUGGCUGGAGAGAAUCGCAGAAUCCUGCGACAAACACUGACGACGAAUGGGGUGAUUUUGAAAGUGCCACUGGAACAUGAUUAAUUGGUGUUACUCCAUUCAAAGCGGGUAUCAUACAGUUUUUCGACAUUUCAACCAUCAUUCUAUGCCAAUGCCUCGGUCCAGAAUCCGACCAUCGCUCUGCUAAGGGCAGGCAUUUCU